GCGGGGGAGGGGCGAGGCCCGUCGGGCCCAGCACGCUCGCAGCUUCCGCCCGGCUCCUCCGGAAAUCCCGUAUUACGGGGCGACUGCGUAGCUAGUGCUUCCUGGGGCACAGAAGAGGUCACGAAUCAUGUGACAGUGGCUUGAGGAGGAACCGGUCUUUAAAGCGUCCCUGAAGUGACAGUGGAGAGAACCAGGCAGCGUAGAAACCCCAGGCGUGGAGAUUGAUCCUGCGAGAGAAGGGGGUUCAUCAUGGCGGAUGACCUAAAGCGAUUCUUGUAUAAAAAGUUACCAAGUGUUGAAGGGCUCCAUGCUAUUGUUGUGUCAGAUAGAGAUGGAGUACCUGUUAUUAAAGUGGCCAAUGAUAAUGCUCCAGAGCAUGCUUUGCGACCUGGUUUCUUAUCCACUUUUGCCCUUGCAACAGACCAAGGGAGCAAACUUGGACUUUCAAAAAAUAAAAGUAUCAUCUGUUACUAUAACACCUACCAGGUGGUUCAAUUUAAUCGUUUACCUUUGGUGGUGAGUUUCAUAGCCAGCAGCAGUGCCAAUACAGGACUAAUUGUCAGCCUAGAAAAAGAACUUGCUCCAUUAUUUGAAGAAUUGAGACAAGUUGUGGAAGUGUCUUAAUCUGACAGUGGUUUCACUGUGUACCUUAUCUUCAUUAUAACAACACAAUAUCAAUCCAGCAGUCUUUAGACUACAAUAAUACUUUUAUCCAUGUGCUCAAGAAAGGACCCCUUUUUCCAACUUAUACUAAAGAGCUAGCAUAAAGAUAUAAUUUAUAGACAGAUCGAUUGCUAUAUUUUCUGGUGUAGGGUCUUUUCUUAUUUAGUGAGAUCUGGGGAUACCAUAGAAAUGAUUCAGUCUAUCACAGCUCCCAUGGAGUUAGCCGGGUCACCAAAUAUGGAUGAGAUUCUCUUCAGUGGAUCAGAAUCAAACUGGUACAUCGAUCCACUUCAGCCGUUAAGUGCUCCCUAUUGUAUAAUAUGCCCAGGCUUGCAGAAUGAAGCCAACUUUUUGUUGUGAAUAAUAGUAAGGACUUAUUUUUCUUCAAAUUAUGUUUUAUUUCUUUGCAUUGAGUGUAAGGAACAUAAAAUGGCUUAGUAAAAGUAAUAAAAUCAGUACAAUCACUAACUUUCCUUUGUAUAUAUUAUUUUACAGUAUAGAUGAAUAUUACUAAUUGGUCUGAUUAUUCUCAGAGGGUGCUGCUCUUUAAUGAAAACGAAAAUUUUAGCUAAUGGUUUUUUCUCAAACUCUGCUUUCUGUAACCAAUCAGUGUUUUAAUGUUUGUGUGUUCUUAUAAAAUUUAAGUACAAUUUGUUAUUGAAUUCGGUUUCCAAUGUUAGCAUGUGUGUAAAGAUGAUAGUACAGCCAUUUUUUUCAUAUGUGAGUAUAAAUAAAAUAGUAUUUUUAAAAAUA